GUUACUUCUUUAACCGAUCCUAAGUAUAACCCGUGGCGCUGCCUACCGUGUCGGUAAGUACAGUUAGUGGCCACUCUUCGAAUAUAAUCUAUGGCCAAUAGCUACUACGCAUGCCAUAUUUUAAUACAGCCACUGGCACAUCUCCUCAUUGGAGGAGUCAGCCAUAAGGAAAGGAAGGAAAGAUAUUUUAGUACACUCCAUAGCCGUCGUAGCGGUACCGUCUCCGUUUCCACAUAACCAUAUAUAUAUUAUACUAAUUGUUAUGCUAUGUCCUGCCAGGGUUAAGUCGCAUCAAAGAUGGCGGCACUUUCCACAGAAAUCCCGUGUAUGCACAGGAGUAUAUACGGAGCGUGUGCAUAAGACGCGGAUGCCACGAGGAGUUUUCAGACGGUCAUUCGUCUCGGUUGGACUUUUACUAAUGUCUGCACGCGAGCAAAGCGUCGAGCCAGAAAGGAUGGAGAUGCGUGAUUGCCACACUAAUAACUGGAAUAACGAGGCACUAAGGAAUUUUCAGCGGGACAUCGCCACAAUUGUUCUUCGUUACCACAGCCAUGAUUUUUCUUUGUCCACCGUUGCGAGGAAUCUGUUUAACGAUGGCGGCACAGGCAGCGCAAUAAUGCGACGCACUUGGGGUUUUAUUAUGACUUGAGAAAUCAAGAGAAACUCUUGUUUGUCAAGCAUGAAUGUUCGGUAAGUUUGUAUUUUGAGCGGAAUGUAUUUAUCUGAGUUUUGAAUUUGUUUAUGGGUCGGUAUACAAUUUUUUCGAGGCACUGUACAAGAGGGUUAUUAUAUCAUUAUUUUUUAUUUCGCUUAUUAUUAAUUUCUUUUUUUCUUUAAUCAACUCUGUAAUUUUCUUGGGUCUAUGGAAAAAUCUUUACCUUCGCAAUCUUUUGCUUGUUGGUUACGUACUAUCAAUUAUAAACGUGCAAUCGAUUUUGAUUAUAGCGGACUUUCAAUUUUUUUUUUUCUAUUAGAAAUAAUGUAAUAAUACUGUGCAACCUUGCGGAGGUUAUGAUUGUGCAAGUUGAGGAGCGUCGAUUAAUUAAUAUGUUAUUAUUCAAACGUUUAUUCUUCACUUCGUCAUAUUCUCUUACGUCGCACUUUGUGCACUUCGCUUUGUCUUACUCGAUGUAACGCGUGUACUUAGCGGUAUCGAUUUUAUGUUUUUUUUUUCUUGUGUCAUACUAUUUUAUUAUGAAACAAGGCAAGCCGAGCGUAGAAGUGAUAUACUUUUAUUUAAUUAUUGCGAUUUAAUUUAAUUUAAUUUAAUUUAAUUUUAUUUUUUAGCGAUAUAUAUGCAAAAAGCGGAU